AUGGCAUUGCUCCCAAGUUUUUUCAUUCUUCAAUCCGGUUCGAGAUACUUGAACCUAACCCAAAAUAUCCCGGCCGGCCUGCCAUCAGGGUUCCUAAAAUUCGACGGAGAACAAGUAUGGAGUCCGAGGGUGAAGUUCGCAGCGGAGCCUGCAAAAACUGGAGAUGGCCGAUUUGUUCACAUAAGGUCGUUAUACAACAACAAGUAUUUGGUGAAGAAUCAAAUCGAGAAAAAAUCGUGGAUUGUUGCAUCAGGAAAAAAACCAGAGGAAGACACCUCAAAAGACUCAUGCACCUUGUUUGAGCCUUAUUCCCUGGCAGAUGAUGGGCCAACAAGCGUCCGCCUACGCCAAGUUCAGACCCAAAACUCUCUAACCCUCACGGCGUCAAGCUCAGAAGGUGAUCCCCAGCAGCAAGGGUUGGUAGCAUCCCCAACUAGCAAUGGAUCCGUUUUUAGUGUAAUUGACCGGGAGAGUCUAGUGGUGCUUCCAUCUAAAAUAGCAUUUAAAUCUAAUGAUUAUUACCUCCAGUCCAUGCUCAUUGAGGGACACGGAUAUCAGAGGUUCGACCCUGGAUUGCAUAACGCAGAGCCAAGGGUGGCUAAGGAGCUUAUCCCUGCGGCUGACGGAAAGUAUCGUAUCAGGGAUGAGUACUGGAACCAGUUUUUAACGCGUCACGGAUCCUGGGUAUGGGCCGACUCCCCAGACACCAACCUUUCUUCAGACACCAUGUUUUCCUUUGUCCACAUAGAGAACAACAUCUUCGGCCUUCGCAGUUCGGGCAACAACGCCUUCUGCGGUCGGGUCACCAAGGAAGGAAAAACCAACUGUUUAAGCGCCGAAUUUUCUACCUUGGCAAACCCUGCAAGGCUCAUUGUGGAGGAGCGUGUCCUUAAACGAGAGAUCGUCAAUAUCAAAUACCGGCUGUCCGACAUAAGACCUUAUGAUCAGAACCCACUAGAACUCGACACUCAAACCACAACCAACCUCUUGACUGAUACAGAAACCACAUCUACCCUAUCGUUUCAAGAAACUAAAUCCAGGACCACUUCCUGGACUAACAGUCAAACAAUAGAUUUCGGGGUAUCGGUGUCAAUGUCAGUCGAGGCUAUACCAUUUAUUUCCGAGGUGGGGAUCGAGUUGGAAAGUAAUUUUACGAGCACAUACAAUUGGGGAGAGACCAAAACAGAAACGGAGACAACAGGGGUGAGUCACAGUGUUACGGUUCCACCUUUAAAGACAUACAUGGUGUCAUUAAUGGCUACAACCGGUGUUUGCGAAGUUCCGUUCUCCUACACUCAGCGUGAUCUUCUUCCAACAGGUGGCUGGCAAGAAUAUGAAAAGGAUGACGGCGUCUUCACUGGCAUCAACAGCUAUAACUUUCAUUUUGAUCAGGUGGAAAUAAAUGUCGAUGAGUAA